AUGAUGGUCAUGUUAAACAGCCAAGAACGGUACCAGGAAGAUUUUUCAAAACUCGGAGAAGAAGCUGGUCUCAAGAUCGUGGAAGUCUGGGACUUUGGGGACACUGGUCUUGUUGAGUUUGCUAUCAAGGAUGAAGACAUUGGUAUGAACGGACAUGCCAAGGUAUCGGUGAACGGGAACUGA